CACUGCUCUGCCCUCACUGGAGCCAUGUUGUCAUUUUCUCUUACUGUAUACUGUAUUCUAGAAUGUGUUUGAAUUGUUGUAUCUGCUUGCUGUUCUGUUCCUCAUUAAGAAAUUCUUUCCAACGUUCACAACACAAUUCUUACGGUCUCUGUGUGUUUCUCUGUCACACUGCAUGUGUUUUCUCCUCAUGAAUCCACUUAUAUGCCUGUCUGUGAGUGAAUUAUAUUAUCUCAGAGGCUUAUUCCGUCCAUAUUCCUGUAGUAACGGUGAGCUAGGGAGAGAAACACUGGGGUUUGUUUACCCUCUACUACAUAAUACAUUGCUGAUGCUAGGGAUGUUGGGGAGAGAAAUGGUGGCUGGCAGGUCUUUAGCAUUCUGCUGUGACCUCAGUGGACUACCAAUUACUGGAGUGGAGUUUAACCCAAGGCAGAUGUCUCUAAGCAGCCCACAGAAACCAACAGACACUGUGUUAUUGAGUCUCAUUAUACACUUUAAACUGGAGAGAGAGUUCCUACACCACAAUGACAAGAACUUCAUGAGAUUCAAACCUAGUCAAAUGAAAAACAUCACUUAAAACCUUAAGUUAGCAGAGUGAUCCAAAUGAGGGAGAGGUGUUUAAGGAGUUUCUCUUUGGGAUGGGGCCCUUCCCUUCCAACCCCCUCCACACCCGCCAACUCUCCUCUAGUGUCAUACCUGGUGUAAAUAAUUCAGCCUGGAAAGUGGGUAUUCACAGUGAGGCAGUGAUGUAUGCUGUACGUACGCGAAGACAGUCUCUCGUCAUACGAGAACCUUACAGACUCAAUAAUUAAUCCAUCCACUGGCUGUAGAGCCGCUUGCUAGCCAUUAGCUCACUAACCUGGAACAGUGAGCAGGUGUUUGGUUGUUUUAAGGUGGCUCUCUCUGUGUGUAGAGGAAUUUUACAAUCUAGAUCAGGGAAUAGCAGACAGUGGCUGUGUGGUUCUGAGGGUGGCUUGUCAGUCAUAGAGAAUUGUAUUAUGUCCUCCUCGCUGUAGGUCAAUGCCAUGGGUCUAGGAGAGACCUUUAAUGUAGAAGGAUUUAACCCCAGGUCUUUCAAGUCCUUUAAUAUAGAGAUGUAUCCCCAAACAACGGUUCUAACUCCCACGUCUGAAUAGAAAGCAGUGCCAGCUCUGUCCUAUACUCUCCAGAUUAAGUAUGUGCCAAUUAGCAUCUCCUCCAUUUAGUAAAACCUCUCCAGUCUGUCCAGAGUGCUGGAACUUCUACCUUUUUUACCUCGGCCAUGAAUUAAACAUGAGUCACAUGGUGGACCCUCACUCGCCAUUGCAACUGUGUGCUUACCCAGGUAGCCCUGGCAACGGUUACCAGGACAUUGGCUAAAGAGAGCUGGAUAGAGAGCAAAGGUUAACAGGCUAAAUCGAACAACGAGGUUAUUUCCACAUUUCCUUCCCUGGCUUUCUCUUGCUCCCUCAUUUGAUCUCUCCUGCAUUUUCUCUCUCUCGCUCUCUCUCUCCUUCUCCCUUUCGCCUCUCUCUCUUCCUCCCUCUUUAUCUCCCUUGACCUCGAUCUCUCUGUAUUAAAGUUGAAUGUGUUGCUCUUAGAAUACAGAGAAGAGAGACCGAGGAAGACGGUGCGUGUGAGAGCAGAUUAACCUCCCCAUGGGCAAUUCUGUCCACGGUGCAAUAGAUGUAUCAUUUAGAUUUUCCCUUGUUCUCAACAACUAUCGCUAUUGAUUAAACAUCCAGUCACUCAUCAGAUCAAAGUCGCUUAUCUAUAUACUGUAAAUGGAUGAACGAAUGGGUGUGGAAAGUGAAAUGGAUAGACCGAUUGGUGGAUAGUGGAUACCUAUGCUCUCUCCGUGGAGCUUAAAUCGGAGUAGGAAACUAUUGCCACGCGCGUUUGUUUGAGACGUAGCCCGGGGUUGAUGACAAAGGACUCUGGUGAAGAGAUACAGGUAGCUCGGCCAAGACGUCCUGCACCCAUCGAGGUCCCCACAUUGGCAGCCCCGGCGCUACAAGUUCCCAGAAGUAAGAGAGCCCCAGCAGUACCAGUACCAGAGAAGAAAGCAGUACCAGUACCAGAGAAGAGAGCAGCACCAGUACCAGAGGACACUACAGCCUUAUUUGGGCCUCCGCUGGAGACAGCCUUCGGAGAGCAGAAAACUGAAGUGGGUAUAUCUGAGCCAGUGGUGUGUGGCGUGUGGGGUGCUCCUCUACCUGAGUCUGAGUCACUGAGCCCAGACUUCUCUUUCACAAGACCCUUCCCUACAGGCACUCCGCCCCCGCUUCCGCCCAAGAAUGUCCCGACCUCCCCCCCUCUGACUGGCUCCCCCUCUGCAGAUGCUGCUGGUUUGUCAAUAAAGGCAGAAGGCUCAGGGAGGAAGACCUCCGUCCCAAAUCUGGACAACAUUUUCGGCCCAGCGGAACCCCCUGCCUUUGGCGAGGAGUCUGCCGACAAGUGGAUCUGCUUCAGCGAGGAGGAAUCCGCAGCCUCUGAAAAACCACCCCCUUCAACAUCCCCAACCCCUCCAGAAGAUCCCCCCGCCCCUCCUGUACCCACCUCCCCUCUCCCUCUGGAUGACCCUGUCCCUGCCUCCUCUCUCUCCCCUCUCCCCACCUCCCCUCCCCCUCUUGAUGACCCUGUCCCUGCCCCCUCUCUCUCCCCUCUCCCCACCUCCCCUCCCCCACAGGAAAAACCUGUCUCUCCAUUACCCACCUCCCCACCCCCUACAGAUGAACCACUGCCCCCCCUACCCACUGUCCCACCCACGCCUAAAGACCCUACACCCCCACCCUCACCACUUUCUCCAAAGGACCCUACACCACCCCCCACUCCCACACCCACUGUUGUCCCCACUCUCGACUUAACCUCCAGCAUCGCCCCUGUUCCCCCUGUCACCUCACCCCCCAGCACUGCCCCUGUCCCCUCUGCAGUCCCCUCUUCUCCCAAAGCAAGCACACCUGUCUCCCCCACCAGUCCCCCUGCCCCUGUGGAGGCACCCUCACGCACCAUCCCCCCGCCCCUCGUCUUGGCCGCGGAGGAACGGAGGAGUCCUGAAGCAGCAGCUCUGCCUGUCCCACCCGACCCUCCAAAAGAGGACCUCAGUGAAACCACCACCACCACCGUGUCACCCAAAGAUGUUGGCCAGGUUUCCCGUGUUGCGCCUCCCCCUCCUCCACCCCCUACAUACAGGGCAGUGGUGUCCUCGCCAGGACCAACGACAGGGGGUACGGGUAGUGGAGCGUCCUCUCCGGCUCGACCUGCUACACCGUCAGCUCCAUCAGCUGUUGUCAGCAGCCCCACCCCGCCCCCACCUCCGCCACGCCCUUCCUCACGACCCAAACUGCCUCCUGGGAAACCUAGCAUGGGAGACGUGAGCCGGCCUUUUAGUCCCCCGUUCAGUCACUCGUCCAGCCCCCCUCCAAUCGCACCCCUGGCUCGGGCCGAGAGCACUUCCUCUAUCUCCUCCAACAACUCCUUGAGUGCAGCCACCACCCCCACCGUUGGUAAAGAUCUCACUGUCUCUGUGUCAGAGAAUGACCAGCCUUCCCUGGUUUGGUUUGACAGAGGAAAGUUUUAUUUAACCUUUGAAGGCUGCUCCAGGGGACCAAGCCCUCUCACCAUGGGGGCACAGGACACCCUUCCGGUGGCGGCAGCUUUUACUGAAACAGUCAAUGCCUUCUUCAAAGGAGCCGACCCCAACAAGUGUGUUGUGAAGACCACAGGUGAGAUGGUGCUGUCGUUUCCAGCGGGGAUCACUCGGCACUUUGCCAAUAACCCGUCCCCUGCCGUGCUAACCUUCAGCAUAACCAACUACAGCCGGCUGGAGCAUGUGCUGCCUAACCCCCAGCUACUCUGUUGUGACACCGCGACAUCACCCAACCCUGACUGCAAGAACUUCUGGGUGAACAUGCCAAACCUGAUGACCCAUCUAAAGAAGGUGGCCGAGCAGAAACCCCAGGCCACAUACUACAAUGUGGACAUGCUCAAGUACCAGGUAUCAGCGCAGGGCCUCAUUUCGACACCCCUGAACCUGGCAGCCAGUUGGCGGUGUGUGCCCACCAGCACGGACCUCCGAAUAGACUACAAAUACAACGGCAGCGCCAUGACAACACCCGUGGCUCUCAACAACGUCCAGUUCCUGAUCCACGUGGACGGAGGGGUCACCAAGCUACAGGCUGUGCUUCCCCCCGCCGCAUGGAACGCAGAGCAGCAGAGAAUCCUGUGGAAGAUUCCUGAUAUUUCCCAGAAAUCUGAAAAUGGAGGCGUUGGCUCAUUGUUGGCACGGUUCCAGCUGUCGGAGGGUCCCAGUAAGCCCUCUUCCCUGGCGGUCCAGUUCACCAGUGAGGGCAGCACCCUGUCAGGCUGCGAUAUAGAGCUGGCAGGGCCCGGGUACCGCUUCUCACUCGUCAAGAAGAGGUUCGCAGCAGGAAAAUACUUGGCAGACAACUGAUACUCCACCCUACUGUUGCACAACACUACUGAACAAAUACACUGAACGUCAUCAUCUCAAUGGACUUCUACUGAGUAAUGGAAACCUACAACACCACCACCUCCCUACAGACAGACAGACAGACAGACAGACAGACAGACAGACAGACACUCCUUUCUAAACCCGCGAGAUAGACAGGCCCAGGCCACACAGCCUACUGUACCCAACAGUAUUGUAUAACUUGCAUUUAGCGUUGUGGACAGUUUUAAAGGUGUAACUAUUGUAUUUGUAAAAUGUAUUCAUUUCAGAACAUCUGUAUUGCUGCGGUUAUAGACACCCAUCCCAGGUUUACCCUCCUCUCUAAAGCCUCUGUCUCUCUCCCCUCUCCAAGAUGUGGUGUUGUUUAACCCUUAACGCAGCUGCCUAGCUAAUCAACCGCACCGCAACCACAAACCCACGGUUUCAAUGGUGAACAAAACACUAUUUAUUUUAGACGCGUUAACAAAGAUGUUAUGCUAAGAGAGGAUGAGGAUGCAUGUAAAAGAAGACUGCUUGGUUGUGUCAUUGCGUGAACUAUAGAUGAAUAGGCGCACCAUGAUGUGAGAGGUUUCGCUCUCGCCAAAAUCUUUUCAAAAUAAGCCCAAUGUGUUUCUAUGGGCUUUUUUUGGGACUUUGUCGCCUGCCUUCCCGCCUUUGGGACAACGACUCCCAAUGUUAGGGCGGAGACCUGAGCAUCUAGUCAUAAUAUACAGAUCUCUGGCUUAACAGAGGGGCUAGUUCUUCCUCAUGCUGCCUCUCGCAUGCCUGUGAUUGGACACAGUUAAGAGCUACCAUAGGAUUCUGGGUAAUGGAGUUUUUAUACUGUUGGCUUUAACAGUUGAUUUGUUUGCAUGCCCUCCACACAGGCACAACAGGGUCAAAGGACAUUGUUUAUUUGGAUGAUGUAGAUCACCACCAUACUCCUCCUCUCCCUUCUUUGAAUGCACUGAUUUAAUACCCUGUUGGAACAUUUACUCUCAUAAGUCCUGAAUAGUUGGGCAGCUGCAACAAUAAGUCAAUUCCUGGUUGCAAUAUAAAACAAAUAUAAGACGUUUCCCUUUAGAAAAACCUGUACAAAGUGUCAUUUUAAAUUGAUAAUAUAUAUCUUAAAGGGCGUUUUGGUGUUUUCCUUGUAUUGUCAAAUAGCCUUUGUUGUUCCUGAGACAGCAGUGGCAGACUUACUUCAGAGUACAUUACAGCAUUCUAUUUUUAUUUAUUGAUGAUAAUGAUUUAUUGUAUAAAGUAUGUGAUUCUGUAUAUGAAUAUAAUUUGAAUGGUAUCACAAUUUAGAAUCCUUAAAGGUAUACAUAUUUGAAUGAUCUUUUUUGUUAUCUGUGGAGUUGGGUAACCUGUGUACAGUAUAUGGUAUAAUUUUUGAAUUUAUUUGAGAUAUAAUUUUUUAACUCAAGUGCAACAGACAAUUUGAGCUAUAUAUGGGCAUUGGGUGGGAGGGGGUAUAAAUGACAACAACAAAAAACAGAAUGAAUAACUACCUGGAUGCGUACGUCAUGCUUUAUGAAAGUUAUAACCAUGGAUCGUCAGUCAGCUUUUGACCAUUUUAGGCCCUGUUUCCAUUCACCGCGAUGUGUUCCUACCUACCUGAAACCCCCUGAAUGCACAUUAUUCUGCGUCAAACAGCAUGAACACUCCCCUUCAGAUCAAACCAACCAGCGCUUGAAUCCAUGGCUUUAUUUUGCAUAAUGGUAACGGUCUCUGUGAGAUGACAUGGUGACGAGGUUUUUGGAGGGAGGUUAGAUGACCAAAACGCUUUUUGUAUUUAUGUGUGUACUCCAGACAGUCCUCUAUAAGAGCGAGAAAUAAGCUGAAUAUUUUUAAAACGGACAAAAACAAAAAACAAAUCUUGUUUCAUGUGAAGAGCACUGUGCUGAUAAUGUUAUGAACUCCCUGAAUGCUCUGAUAUUCAAACAUAGAGAACAAAAAUGUGUGUGAUGACAUUUAACUUAAGAGGUCUCCUCAUGUAGGCAUCGUAAGUAUGUCAAUAAUAAUAUCUGUGCUUCAUGAAGCUACAUAGCGCCAUUGAUAUGCCUGUCAUAGAAGUGCCAUAGAAGUGUCUUAGAGGGUGUUGCGCUGUGAUUACAUGUUGAUUGCAUGUUGUCUGAACAUAAAGUAGGCAUUUCUACGUAAGGCAUUAAUGAAUGGUGUGGUGCAGCUCUCUGUAUAGCAGUUUAGUAACAAGGGUUCAAGCAAAGUGUUCCGGCAUGGAUAAUAUAAUGUACGUCUACAUACAGUUACGGUAUAGUCGUGAAGUGCUCCACCAACCAACUCGAUGACCUGUUGUUUUGUUAAAUGUGAGAACUGAAGACCAGAGCAGGGAGUGUGUCUGUGUGUGUGGCUUGCUAAGCCAGACUGCUUUGGGUUCUGUACUCUUUCUCUAUCAGUCACCUGUGCAAGCUGUGUUUGUACAGACAAUGUUAAGAGGAACUGAUGGGAAACUUAGUUUGCUUCUUUCCAAAAACCAAUAAAAGUUAUGAGCUGGACACACGUGUACGGAGCUCUCUUUUCUCUUUGCAACUCACAACGGAAGUGUUUUUCACCUCUCGAAUGCAGUUUAUUCAAUAUGUCCUCCACCCAUUUUGAGUUCUGAUGGACGGCACAGCACAUCAAGGUUGGCUGUAAUUACAUUGUCUUUUAAGCCUUCCUGCGAAUAAGCAGCUGUUUAUGAUUGUGUGCUAUGAGGGGUUGUCAAUCGGAGAUGUUACUGUAAUAUGAUUAGCCUUGUAGUUUAAUUCAAUGUCCUGUAUAUAUUUCUGUUUGCUUCGUUUAUAUUUCUAUGGAUAUAUUUGUUAUUUAAUCUAUUUGUGUUAUCCAAUGCACAGGAUACUGAAUAUGCAAUUGUUUAAUGUAAUGUACCGUACUAAUGAAAUGUUAUUAACGUAUGCAGGAUGACCUACUAUGCUAUCAAGAUUUUCAAUCAUUGUCAGUUUUCUUGGAAAUAAAGUAGGCGUAUCAAUUAUGUUUGA